AUGUCUGCUCGUACUACUUACAUCUUGGAUUUCCAAGAUGUCAGAAAGAUAAGACAAACAUGGACGAAUAUUCAAAACAAUAAUAAAUAUCACAAGGAUCUUUUUGUUGCUAGAGCAUAUGCAAACUUAAUUGCAGGAAGUCCCUUCCUUAAGUAUAUUUUCACUAGCGAUGCUAUGAUGAGAGAACAUUCAAUGUUAUUUGGAGAAAUGUUGUCAUCUGUGGUUACAUAUCUUCACUCCCCAAUAAUGGUUAAUGAAUACUUGAUACAAUUUAUUAGUAAGAAUGAUGAUUUCAUUUCUAAUAUGGUCAAGUAUUUAGAACCAAUGGGAGUUGCUUUAACCCAAACUAUUAAACAAUGGAUAGGUAAUAUUGAUUCUGAGCUUGAAUGUGCUUGGGUGCAAUUAUACUUGUACAUUGCAGUUUUCAUAACUGACAACACUCACUACCCAGAGGCUGAUCUUUCCAGUGAAACUCAAAGCGUACUUGGAGAAGAACUUUCAGCUUCCAGUCCAAGUGGAGCUUCUUUCUCACCUUCCCCUUCCAGUUCUGAAAAUGAAACUGAAGAUGUUCAACCAUUAAACAUCAAGAGACUGAACACUUGGUCUUCAUCACCCCCAUCAGUUAUUUCUAGUGGGACUAGCUCUUCUGAUGGUUCUGGUAUUUUACACAUAGACUUGAGAAAGAAUGACAAGUACAAAGGGUUUAGAAGAGAUUCUAACACUAGUCUGUUUGAAGUCAAGAUUCCUACUAGCAGUACUACAUUUGAAAAGCCAACAAAGCCAGCUGACUUGAACGGAAUGUUAUCACCCAGAGCAUCUUCGCCUUCAAAUGCUUCAUUUGCAUCAUUUGGAACAGCCAUCAGUUCUGUCGGUCACAUUCCAUUUGAUCCCAGAGGUCAUAAGAAACACCACUCUCGUCAAACUUCAAUGACAGAAUCUUUCACUUCUGGAAUGGAAACCGAUGUUCCAGAAAGAAGAAGACCAUUCAUGUCUUCAGAUCAAUUUACAGACUACGAUGUCAAUUACGGAACUGCUGUCGAAGACUUAGAAGACUACAUGAGUAGUAAUUUUGCCAAUGGAAGCAGCAAUAGUGAUAAUGAUAGAAAUGAGAGAUCCAGUACCAUGAAUACUCUUAGUUCUGAAUCUAGUGGUGCCACACCAAAGUUCAAAUUCAAAAAGCCUGCUACCGUUAUUACUAAUGAUGACGACCUUGAAUUCAUUGAUAAGGAACCCAGAGGGUUUGGAUUUGAUCCCAGACUGAGAGGACAUAGAAGAACUAAUUCUAUAUCUGGCUCUUCAGACGAAAGUCCCUCACCAACCAGUUCGCAAUGGCGUAUAGUGGAUGAUGAGGAAGAUCCUUAUGCCGGGGAAAUUUCAAGUGCAAGAAUAGCUUCUAGACUGCCUCCAAGACUGUUGGACCACUCAUCGUUUGGACUUAAGGGUUUAUCAGUCAUUCAAGAAACAGAAAAUGAUGAUGAUGUCGCUAGUUCAAGAUACGAAGAGGAAGAAGUUUGUACAAGAUCGUCUAAUUAUAGUGGAGAUGUAAGCGGGACUGCAUCUAGCCACGAAGAAGAAAGUUCCGAGGCGUCAACACUUUCUUUACACAAUAGCGAUUACAGCCUAGCCAUGGAAGUUAAUAAUCUUUCUUCUGCUGGCAGUAGAAAACAACCUUCUCCUGUCUUGGAAUCAGCACCACUUGGUUCUUUAACUGCUCCAGCCAAAAUGAGUUCUAUUCAUUCGAGUACUUCAGGUGCUGAUACUAUUUCUGGUAGUCCCUCUACUCACACGGUUGCAACCGCAAUGUCGCAAGGGGUAUACAGAAAUAAACUGGCAUCAAGCAGCUCAUUGAUUGUUGGCACCAACGGCGGCUCCAACCAGAAACGCGUGUCCUUAGGAUUCAUGAGAUCCUCUUAUGUUUUGAAGAAGGAAAUGGAAAGUCAGCAUGGAAGUUCUGUGGGUUCAUCGCCCCAAACUAACCCAUUCCAUUCACCUGACAGAAGCGUAUCACUAACACUGCACGCGCGGAGUAGUAUAGACUUAACUGAAAACAUGUCUAGAAGCAGAUCCAUUGGUAGUUCGCACCCUAAGCGUUCAAAUCACAAUGAAUCUUCACUGUUGGACAAGCACAGCCCCACACAAUCGUUGAUCAACUUGGAUCCUCGUAAGGGUGGAUUUGCUCCCUGUGGUAUCAAUAACAAAUAUGCUAAAAAUUCGGUUCAAAAGAGUAUGGGAUGUGUUCCUAUUACUGAAGAAGUUGGUUUCAAAGAGAAAGGAUUAAAGGCUGCUUUUAUUGCACUCUUUUCUGGCGGAAGCAACAAGAGUCAUUUGAAGGCUCCUAAGAGCUCCCAUCACAAAUCACCAAUGCUUGACCAAUCCAUCAAAACAAUCAAACAGAAUAUUGAAUACAAUAAUAAAACUAUGGAGAAGCAGAAGAAGACAAGCGAAAAGCCCUUACCUCCAAAUCCUUCCGGAAAGCUCUACAAGUUAUCUACAAGCAGCAUUUAUUCAUUUAAGAAGUAUGCUGAGUCAUCCACGUCUGUUAACUCUAACGAUUCUUCUGUAUCUGGAUUUUCUUUCUUCAACAAGAAAAAGAAUGAACAGUAUGUUACUGCUGCAAGAUACACCAAGAGAAAUCCAAAGAAGAACAAGUACAUGGUUACAUCCACUCCUUAUAGUAUUCUUUGA